AUGGGUGAUUAUUCGAGAAGUCAAGAAUAUAGAAAGAAAUCAGAUUUUUUAUCAAACAAGGAACAUCGACGGGGCCCCAUGUCUAAAUUAGAUAGAGAAUAUAGCCGGGAUCAUAAUUCCAAAAGAGCCUUAUUUUCACAUUUAAAAGAAGAAAAACAACAUCCUACAAUUCUUCUUAAAACCAGGGGUAGCGAAAGAGCUUUAUCUCCAACGUCUAAAGGCAAUUUAAGCGCACAAAAUCAAAAGAAGGAUGGAGAAAAUUCGCAACCAGUUUAUCAAUUGCAUUCUAAGCCAUCUACGACUGAUUCAAUUGCUGUUCCUGAAAUGACAGCACCAGUUAAACUCUUAGAUUUAGAAAAUUCAGCUUUGGUUGAUGCAUGUCUAGAGUAUUUAAGUGAUCAAAAUGAUUUUUUAGUGGUGGGUGUGGUAGGAUACCAAGGAGUGGGUAAAUCUACCAUAUUGUCAUUGUUAGCCGAACCUAAAUUGUUAAACAAGAAUAAAUAUAUUUUUAAUAUAGAAAAGACUGAAGAUUUGGAAACUGCAGUUCAUAAAACAAAUGGCAUAGAUGUUUACAUAACAAAUAAUCGUACACUAUUUCUGGAUACUCAACCAAUCCUUUCACCUUCUAGUUAUAUAAGACUUUUUCAACAACAAGAUUCCCUUGGAAAAAAAUUUCAACAUUCAGACUAUUGUGUUGAAUCGAAUGAUGUCGAAAUUCAAAGUUUACAAUUAAUAACAUUUCUUUACAGUGUUUGUCACAUUGUAUUAUUUGUACAAGAUUAUUGGUUCGAUCCUGAUUUCAUUAGAUUUUUGCAAACUGCUGAGAUGUUGAAACCAUCAACACCCACAGCUGUCGAUGAAGCUAUGGUUGAAUAUUUUCCUCACAUUAUGUUUGUACACAAUAAAUCUCCUGAUUCAGAUUUUGAACCGAGAAAAAUUAAAGAAAUGCAGGAAAUCUACUGCAAGACAUUUUCACAUUCUAGACUUCAAUUUCAAACGGGUUUUGGAAUAGCAAACGGUGAAGUAAAUCCAGCUUUAAACAGUGAAUCUUGCGGAGAAUUAAUCAAUUUAUUUUUGUUACCGGAAAUGGACGAAGAUCCUACCAAAUAUAAAGGACACUCCGGUUUCGCCGAUCUCAUUAAUCAAAUUCGACGACAAAUUCUUUCGACUCCCAGAUCACCAUUGACUCAUUCGGCUUUAACUGAAAAAAAUUGGUGA